AACAACAACAACAACAACAAUCACGUAUACCCAAUAACAAUAGCAAUACUAGACAAAGAGGAUACAAUAAUGCUCACCCAUACAACAAUAGAAAUCGUCCUCACCAAAAUUAUCCAAGAAACAAUAGGGGAGGAAGAGGUGGCGGUAUGGGGGUAGAUAUCAUCAAGAUUUAGACAAUCCUGUUUGAGAUUGAGAACAAUGAAAUAAUGAGUUGUAAUUACAUACGUGGCUUAUGCAGUUAUACAUGUAUCUAAUGUGUUAUUUAUUAUUUGUUCUUUUCUUUUUAUUUAAUACAAAAAAAAUGCAAUUUGAUCAUAUAGACCCUGAUUCGAUUUGGUGUACUCAAACUAUUCAAGACAUACUUGAUCGUAAGCAUCGUGAUAGCAAAUCCGCUGAAAAUAGUCUAUUGCAGUUAAGAAAUGUCUUGUUAACCAAUCCCUGUCCGCCAGAGCUGAGAGAUAAAGUAUGGAAGCUCUUAUUACGAAUGACACAUAUAUCAGCUUCAAGCUAUAUUCAUCUUGUUGAGUUGGGCCCAAGUCCUCUUGAUGAAAAGAUAAGACACGAUACGUUCCGUACAAUGACAACAGAUGCAACUUUCCUUGAACAUGUAUCAGAAGAUAUGUUGAUUCGAUUAUUAAAUGCGUUCGUGUGGACAUGCGAUGAAAAAGAAUCUCAAGUAAUGACUUUUCGUUCUCAUCAUGGAGACUCUCUAACCUAUGUUCAAGGCAUGAAUGUACUUGCUGCCCCUUUCCUGAUGGUCAUGCCAGAAAUGGAAGCCUUCUUUUCCUUCUCUACAUUUAUCUGGAAAUGGUGUCCACUUUAUGUUCAACCAUCCAUGAAAGGUGUUCACUGUGGUUUAAGGCUUUUAGAUCUAUGUUUGCGCUAUUUGGAUCCUACACUCUAUGGUUAUUUGAGAGGAAAGAACUUAUCUGCAAGCACAUAUGCCUUUGCAUCUGUUAUGACCUUUUCAGCAUGCACGCCUCCAGUGAAAGAAUUAUUGCAAUUAUGGGAUUAUAUGUUUGCCUAUGGUCUUCAUUUGAACAUUUUGUUUAUUAUAGCGCAACUUGCUUUGAUCAGAACAGAGAUCCUGAAAAGUCCAAGUCCUGUCAAUUUGUUGCGCGUACUUCCUCCACUUCGAGCCAAAGAUAUUAUCCAUCUGACGAUUUCGUUAUGCAAAAAUCUGUCGGCUAAUUUAUACGAUAAAUUAGUACGCCAUGCCUAUGAUGAGUCUGUAGCUAAUGAGUUGGGAAUCCGUCCCACUUCUAAUUGGCCAGAACAACAGGAUGAUACGAUUGACUUACCUGCUUACAUGAUUGAUGCUAUGAAUAUGAGAAAGUGACUUGCUUCCAAAUAAAUUGCUCUUUCUUC